ACCAAGCAAGCAACAGAUGCAAAGAGUGAAGAACUCAGGGAUUAUGAUCAGCAGCAAUGGCAGCCCAACAAAGGAUAUUGACAAGGAAGAGGAGCUCUCGAGGUCUGCGUUGGCUAUGUUCCGAGCGAAGGAGGAAGAGAUCGAGCGGAAGAAGACGGAGGUGAGAGAGAAAGUCCAAGCACAGAUCGGAAAAGUAGAACAAGCAACUAAGCGCUUAGCCGACAUUCGAGAAGAGCUCGAAGCACUCACAGAUCCAAUGAGGAAGGACAUAUCGAUGAUUCGUAAGAAGAUAGAUUUGAUUAACAAAGAGUUAAAGCCGCUGGGGCAGAGCUGCCAGAAGAAGGAGAGAGAAUAUAGAGAGGCUGUUGAAGCUUAUAAUGAGAAGAACAGAGAAAAAACUCAACUAGUUGCCAAGUUACUUGAGAUGGUGAAUGAAAGCGAGAGAUUGCGGCUGAAGAAACUCGAGGAUCUCGGCAACAACAUAACAAUUAUUCACUGA